CUCGGCAAGGACAACCUGUUUCAUCAAAAGGUUUUCGAUUCUAACGCAGCGGAUCUAAUUCAAUCAUUCCUAAAACAAUUAGAUCCACCCGUGUGUCUUGUGGCUCAAAACGGUUACAAAUUCGAUUAUCCUCUCCUGCGUACAGAAUUGGCCAGUGUUUGUGGGGCUGCAUGCAAGUUGCUUGACAGUACCGGUUCUCCAAUCCUGUGUUCGGACAGCUUACAUUUGUUCAAGGCUUUGCUCAAACCAUUCCAGACUUCUUUAAACGAUUCUGGUUUGGGAUGUUCAAUGGACAGUUCGUCCUCUUCCUCUCAGUCUAUCCCUUCUGGUCCGUUGGCACAAUCUAGUCCACGAAAACCGGAUCAGGAAGUGUCGUGGCAUUUGGGUGAUAUCUAUGCUCGUGUUUUCGGGACCAGUCAUAAAUAUGCGCAUAAUGCGGAAGGUGAUUCGCUGGCUAUACUUGAAUUAAUCCAGCACAUCGGUUUUCCCGCCUUCGAUUGGUUACAAGUGAAUUAUAGGGAAUUCAAUAGUUUCCACUUCAUGUACCCGCCGAUUGCCUACGCGGAGAUCGAUACUAAUCCGCCCAAGAGUCAGACCAUUCUGACUGAUACCGCGUCACAGUUGGAGAAUAUAAAAUUGCAUUAG